AUGGAUUUCUCAUAUUGCCUAACAAAAGAUGUUAAAUUGCCAGUAUCCAUAAGGAUUGCUACAUUAGAAGGAAAACGCGAUUCAUUCCAGCAACAAGACAAUUUGCCUGAUUUAUAUAUAACAGUUCAACUAUUUGGUGAUAAUAAACCGCUCACUGUGCCUGUAAAAACUAGUUACAAAGCCUUUCGAAAUCACUGGAGCUGGAAUGAAUGGCUUACAUUACCUAUCAAAUACUGCGAUCUGCCUUCUUCUGCACAAUUUGCAAUUACAGUAUGGGAGACGAUUGGUCCUCGCAAAGUGAAACCAGUUGGAGGCACUACGCUUAGAUUAUUUGGAAAACAAUUCACACUUCGAAAAGGAAAGCAAAAGCUGCAUAUAUGGAGAGGUUGCGAAGCCGAUGGAAACCACGAUACAUCUACUCCCAGUAAAUUGCCAAACCAUGAGGAUAACGACAUGAACAAAUUGGAAAAACUGAUGAAGAAAUUCGAUUGUGGAGAUAUCCGUCCUGAAGAAUGGCUAGAUGUGAUGGCAUUUCGACAGAUCGAGAACAUUCACAAGAACAUAUCCAACAUAUCCACUGAAUUGGCUUUGUAUGUUGACUUGCCUAAAUUUGAUUUCCCUGUAGUAUACGGAGAAAUGGAGUACAACUUGCCAGGUCCAUUUACAGUAAUACAAAACAGUGCAGCUCACAAUAUCAACGACAGUGAUCCACUGAUGGCUGCCAUGAGUCAGCAGAUCUAUUCUGACCAACAUAACAAUAGCAAUGAUUUAGACCGGCAAACCUUGAUGCAUUACUCCAUCGUGCUUGAUCCUGAUUUUCAGCGAGAAAACCCUGUGGAAGCUAAGCAUCGACGACUAGUGCGUAGCCAUCGUAAUGGCCCUCUUGACCGUGACCUCAAACCCAAUCCCAAGAUCCGAGAUGAACUGAAUAGUAUCAUGGGUUACCCACCAACACAAAAGCUCACCCCUGAGGAGAAAGAUUUAGUUUGGAAAUUCAGAUUCUACCUCACGAGAGAGAAGAAGGCUCUAACCAAGUUCUUAAAAUGCGUGGUGUGGACAGAUCAUACUGAGGUCAGACAGGCUGUUGAUUUGCUGCCUCUUUGGGUUGACAUUGACGUUGAUGACGCUUUGGAGCUCUUGGGAAAAGAGUUUGAAAAUAGAGCUGUACGUGCCUAUGCCGUCAACCAGCUUCGAAAGGCAGACGAUGAGGAUUUGUUCUUGUAUCUGUUGCAGCUGGUACAAGCUUUGAAAUUUGAAUGCACAUCCGACAAGACUCUUGAUCCAAAUGGCUCCUCAUUAGCCCAAUUCUUGAUUGAUCGUGCCACGAACGACCCCAUUUUAGGCACGUUCUUUUACUGGUAUGUCAUUGUAGAAUGCGAGGAUUUGGUGUGUGGAAAGCUUUAUGCCAAAGUUGCUUUUCACUACAUUGAAGCAUUGAUUCGAAGCCCUGAAGGCUACAAGAGAAGAAUUGAUAUGCGAGAGCAGGGAAAAUUGAUGUCUAAGCUUACAAACCUGGCACGCGAUGUCCGCAAUAUGAAGGAACCUCGACUCAAGAAGAUCGACCACAUGCGAGCAAAAAUUGCAGAUCCCAAGGGAACGCUUCACAAAUUCAAAGCAAUUACAUUGCCAUUGGAGCCUGACAAGCAGAUAUUGGGUGUCGUAGCAUCCAAAUCAAGCAUGUUUAACAGCAACCUCCAACCGUUAAGAAUUACAUUUCAGUGCGAAGAUGGUUCAGAAUACCCAAUUAUAUUUAAAGCAGGCGAUGAUUUGAGACAGGAUCAGCUAGUGAUUCAAAUCAUCUCAUUAAUGAACAGAUUGCUAUUGAAAGAGAACCUUGACCUGAAAUUGACACCCUACAAGGUUUUAGCAACUGCGGCCGACACAGGCAUGAUGCAGUUUGUCCCAUCCAUGUCACUGGCUGCUGUGCUCAACGAACAUCAAAACAACAUCCUCAAUUUUUUCAAAGCGCAUCAUCCUAGCACGGAGCCCGGCAAUGUCUAUGGUAUCGAUCCAAAGGUCAUGGAAACCUAUAUUCGCAGCUGUGCUGGGUACUGCGUUAUUACUUAUCUAUUAGGUGUAGGUGAUCGCCAUUUGGAUAAUCUACUACUCUCCACUGAUGGCCAUCUGUUCCAUGUUGACUUUGGCUUCAUUCUCGGCCGUGAUCCAAAGCCAUUCCCUCCACCUAUGAAAUUGUGUAAAGAGAUGAUUGAAGCCAUGGGAGGCGCCAACUCACCACACUAUCUGAGCUUCCAGCAGUACUGUUAUACAGCAUUUACAACACUGCGCAGAAACGCAAAUCUCAUAUUGAAUUUGUUCUCGCUGAUGGUAGAUGCCAAUAUACCAGAUAUUAAAAUUGAGCCAGACAAGGCAGUGAUGAAGGUACAAGAAAAAUUCAGACUUGAUUUAACAGAGGAGGCAGCCAUCAGUUACUUUCGUGGUUUGAUAUCUGAGAGUGUCAAUGCUUUAUUCCCUCAAAUCAUGGAGACAGUUCAUAAGUGGGCUCAAUAUUGGAGAAGAUAG